UACUCCUAGAAAUGUAGAACAGCCCACUGAUUGAAGCCAUUACAAAAUGCCAGUUACUGUAAACUUGGGAGCUCUGGUCGAUGUUCCUUCUUUUCAACUAACCUUUCUCCACCUGAAGUUGCAAAACUGAGAAGCACCUUUGUCUGAAUAUGGCAGAAACAGAAGAUUUUAAAAGUCUGCGGUCAAGAUUUCAAAAAAAUGUAGAAGACAAUAAAAUUAAACUUCAUCCACCUUCUACUAGAACCAAACCAACUAUACCCAUCAAACCCAUCAAACCAAAUGUUGGGACCGCUACUAACCAGGUUUUUCCAAGACCUUUACCCAAAUCAACAUCUUCCCCAGAAUUACCACAAUUCUCAAGCCAAAAUCGGUUUAAAACUACAGGGAAUAAUGCACUUUCACAUCAAAGUUUUACAAGCAGAAGCAACUUAAAAGUUCAGACUGAAACAAGUGAAAAGAAUGUUCAAAACAAUAGUAAUGCUAAGCCGACAUUACCGAUAAAACCUUUAUUACCAAAACCUGGUUAUGUUGCCAGGCCUUCUGUGGACAUGUCUACCAAUCCCUCACCAAAAUUUAACACACCUCCAAAGGACAAAUUUGAUGAUAUUCCCAAGUUAAAACUCUUGCCAAGUAAAGCUGUCCUUGGGCCAAAACCAAAGAAACCUGCACGUCCCCCUUAUGUAGAUUUGGAUAAAUUCAAACCAUUGGAUGAUUUUGGGGACUAUGUAGUUAUGAGAAGUAAUACAGAUGUUAGAAGAGAACCUCCUAAAAUUUUUGCAUCACACUCUCAGCCCAAUCUUGCUACCUGCUCUCCAUCACGCAGCAUUCGAAGAUCAGUAAGAGAAAGUCAAGAAUUUUAUGAAGAUGUUAUUCAGUUUAGUCCAUUUAGGAAUAACAAAGCAGCUUCACUGCAAAAUUUUGUGAUACCAGAAGCGUGUGCAGAUGAAACAUAUGAUGAUGUAGAUCUGAUUAUGGGCAGUAGAAAAACUUCAGUUAACAGUUCUACAAGUGAAGCAAGUAUCUUGAUAACCAACUGGAGAAAUGACAUGAAUCUGAAGAGAACAGAGAAACUAGAAAAGGAAUUUAGGAAGAAAUUUCAGUUUCAUGGGGAAAUUAAAAUCUUAACACGAAUGAUGGUUGACCCCAAUGCUGUGCUGGGAAAAUUAGGAGACAAGGACCUUUUGUACACAAAAGGAGAAAUUUUGGAUGUGAUUCAGCUGACAAAUACAGACAAAAUAUUAUGCCGAAACUGUGAAGGGAAAUUUGGUUAUGUACCAAGAAAAGCAGUACUUAAACUAGAAAAGAAUAUUUAUAAUAUUACCGAUAUUGAUGAUACAAUAUACGAUGACACCGAGCUUAUAUCCAAUACAUUCCCUGCUGUACCUGCAAAAGCAAAAAAUCAGCAAAGUUAUCUCACAAGAAUGUUCCAAAGAAAUUCAAGUCAAUCAAGAAACCAAAUAAAACCACAAAUACCAAAGAGGGAGAAACCUACAGAUGAAGAAAGAGAAGCAAAGGACUUAAAAAAGAGGUUCAAGUUUACUGGUGAAAUUAGAGUUUUGACUCGAAUGAUGGUUGUUCCAAGCGCGGGGAAUAAAAGAGGUGGAGGAAAAGAAUUACCAAUCAGCAAAGGAGAAAUACUGGAAGUUAUACAGUUCACCAAUGAGGAGAAGGUGUUGUGCAGAAAUAGUAAAAGGAAAUAUGGUUAUGUUAAAAGGAGAUAUGUUUUGCAGAUUGAAAAGGAUCUAUAUGAUGAUGUCGACACCUUACGUUCAGGAAUGGCACAGCGAAGAAAUUAAGAUUUAUUUUUGGUGAAUAUUUAUUUGUCAUUAUGAAGAAGACAAGGCCAAAUACUGAGAACUGAACACAAAAGUCUGAAAAUGUUACUGUGGAGUGGACUGAGAAGGUAGUUUAGCACGUUUUCUUUGGAAGGAUUUGUCAAAAGAAUGUCAUUAAAAAAGGUCCUUGCAAUCUCCUGGACUGGUUUGGGAGGGAUAAAAAACUUCUUGGAACUGCAUUUGGCACCUAGGACUCCAGAUGGACAUCCCUGGACUAAAUUGCAUAGAUUUACAUGGGUCUAUCCUUAAAAUUAAACGUUUCAAAACAAAUUGCUGGAUUACCCUUCUUGAAGUUGUAAAAUAUUGUUCUGUACCUUGGGAAAGCCUAACUAUAUUGUUUAAAAUUUGAUGUAAAAUGAUUGAUUGGCAGAAUUUAUCAUUUGCUUUUAUACACUAAUGUUUUACUAAUAAUGCACAAAUAAAACAAAUGAUUAUUAAACAAAAA